AUGGGACUGAGGGCACUUCCCUUGUCAUCUUCACAAACUGGGCUUCAUCUUCCUGCAACUUCAGGAAUUUCACAGAAAUAUUCUAAUGAUAGCAGGACCUUGAAAUUUGUUAUAUUUUCUGCCAAGAAAGAGGAUGGCAAUGAAGAACCAAAAAAGAAGAAGCAAUCUCUGUUUUCGAGUGUGACCGAAGCUUUAGAUUUUUCACAGGUAAGAUCUGCCAAGGAUGCUGAACUCCUGGACGAAGCUACAGAAGCAACGCAAACAGGUGAAAGGAUGACAAGGGAACAGUAUGGAGCUCUUAGGAGGAAGAUUGGUGGAACAUACAAAGAUUUCUUCAAAUCAUAUGUAGAAGUGGAUGGACAAUAUGUAGAAGAAGGUUGGGUGGACAAAACCUGCAAAAUUUGCAAGAAAGACACCAAAGGUGAGGCAAGACAAGUGGACAAGUUAGGAAGAUACGUUCAUGUUGCUUGCUUAGAGGAAAAAACCAAUUCAGGAAAUUUCUUCACACGACUCUUCUCCUUGUAG